GUUCAGAUAUUAGUCCCUUGACGGCUUGAAGAUCCUUGGCUUCAUGUAAACAAAAACAAAUGAGCUAUUCAGAGAACAUUCACCCAAACAGCAAAGUGAACCUCAUGUCAAGGGGCGAGGGGUUUUAAUGGUACACAUUUUGACAUCAUUUUGAAGCUUCAGGAUGGAUCCCAUGUUUUUAUGCGAGUCCUGUGGAGGCUACAUGGGCGAUGAGAACAGGCAACCAAGAGUUCUGUAUUGUGGCCAUUCCUUCUGUACAUACUGCGUCACAGACUUCUUCGAAGGCGACACACUGCAAUGCUUUAAAUGUGGUUUUAAACACCAUGAUAAAAGCCCUAGUAGAAUACCUGUGAAUCACAUCCUUCUGAAAAUGAUCAGAUCCAAAGAAAUGCCUAAUGAGAGAGGAGCUGUGGGUCGAGUGAAUAUGCCCCAGGGUAAUAUACAAGAGACAUAUCAAAGUCACCCUAAACCGUGGAGUUCAUACCCGGGACGGAAAAAUACUCGCACGCAGAGGAUCUUUGGAGAACCAGCGCGACAUGCUGGAAAAUGUGUCAAGCAUAACCUGUACUGCACACUUUGGUGUAGUCAAUGCAAGGAAUGGAUAUGCCAAGACUGCAGAUUAGUCACCCAUCAGCCAAUGUCAUGCAAGGUCCUUACCUUCACUGAGGCACUCAAGGAGAUUAAACUAGCAGAGAAUUACAGCAUCAAGAGGACGGUAGAGUUAUUUCAAAGGUCACGUUGUGAUUUAUCGUGAGAAGCUCGGCUAUCUAAGAGAUAUGAACGAAAAGCACAGGAGCUUGAUCAAGGAUCUGCAGACGCUCCUGGGAGAGCACAGAAAGUUAGAGAGGGUAGUUGAGAAACGUGAAUUAACCAUCCAGGAGAGUAUUGCCACUGGAUUUUCAAUGCUUUUGAUGUUGAUGGAUUCCCAAAGUCAUCUUCUGGAGGCAAAGGGUCUAGGAGAGGUUUUACUCUCGCGUCAGAGUGCUCAGGGGUGCCAGAGUGCAAUCUUGGGGUGGUACGAACCGAAGCUUUUGGAUGAUACGGAAGAGAUUACCAUUUCAGAAGGGUUUCAGAAGGGAACUAUGGCUGCAGUGACCGUCCUGAGACAUUCUAUGGGACUUUCAUUCAAUCAGAGAGUGUCAGACGAAGCCAGCGAUUUCACCUCUUUCACAGGAAAUGACCAAGAGGAGUUGGUGAUGUGUGUCAAGCACAUGAUGGAGAGCCCUUAUUGGAAGGCAAUUCUUGAGAAGACGGCAAGUGAUGACACAUCUGAUGGCAAUUCAGUGCACCGUUUGGCACAAGGAACUCGGAGGAUUGACACCAGGUUAUAUGAUUUUGACGGUAGGAUUUAUUAUAGCGCUCGGAGCAGGUUCAGCAGAAGCCGCAACGUGUACGUUGAAAAGUUAGUCGAUAUAUCCACAGGAAGUACAGAAAGCUCUGAUGUGUGGUAUCACAAGUAUAGGAAACCUGGAGUAUUAGCAGAGAGUGGAAGAGUGUCUGCAGAACCGUUUAGCUCAUCGCUAUUAGAUGAAAUUGUCGAUGAUUGUUAUUACCAGCUAAGAAGCGAGAUCUCCAAAUAUGCAUCAGGUGCUGGAGGGGAGUGUCUAGAAGGUCUGACUGGAAAAUUUAAAGACCCUAAGCAACAGGGGGCUUUUCCCAAACAUAUGAUACCCCUCACUCCAACAAAAGAAAGGAAUGAACUCCAAUUGGGCCUCACAAGAACUGAAACUGAAAGAGAUGCUAUUAGGAAUCCUAAAGAAUCUUCCAUAAAACCGUUAAAAGCAGAGGGAAGAGAUAUUUCCAAGAAAGAAACCGAGAGUAGGAGCAUGCCAGCAACAGUAGGUUGUGCGAUGGAGGGCAGAGACCUGUUUAGUUUGGCAACACAUUCAGAGGGUACUAAGACUGACAAUACAGCUUAUACAACGUAUCUGAGGCCCGUAACUGAAACCUUUAAUACAAGAACCCGAACCACCAAGGCUGUAACGCUUUACCCAGAAUGGGAAAGGGGUCCUGUUGCCAAUGCAAGUACCGAUGACCAUUUCAAACCCCUCUUAUAUUUAUACACAAAAGAUGGCCCCGUAAGCGGUAGUGUAGGAGCUGCAGUUUGGACAGAACAACAGGAUCAUUUCCGUGGGAAUGAAUCCUUUGGAAAGUCUGAUAAAGGAGCUUGUGGAGAGGAACAGGACACACAAAAUGACAAAGCAAGAAAGGAUGAGGCAAGUGAGGACACUGCUACGUUUCUAAAAAAAUGAAUUAUGGGAAGUUGUAACUGCAGCUGAAGAUGGACAAGACGGACAUGAAAAAUGAUCAGCUGGAUAUCAGAAAGAAGAAACUUGCAAAAAUGGUGGAAUGAAGGUUGCAAUGCAUCUGGUUAGAAAAACUGCAAAAAUAAUGAAAAAUGGCUAAUCAAACUUUUAACAGGUAGCAAAUUAAUACAGUAGCAAGUAUAAACUUUGUUAGACAAAAUUCAUGUGCUGUUAUUAUUAAUGUUCGCAAUAAGUCACGUUUUAUGUUGCAUACAGAUAGCCUUAGCUGUUAUCUGAGGAUAGACUAUGGACUAUACAAAACUUGUACCUACCAAUGGAAUAUUUUAGUAGCUUUAUUUUUACAUGCUGUGCUUUAACUGCAUGCACUUGGUUGUCAUUCACAUGUAUUUUAACAACAGUGCACUACCAA